GCCUCCCUCCUCCGUCUCCACCCACCUCACACAUCCCCAUCAAUCCAUCUUUCCAUCCGCAUUCAUCUCCUUUGAGCAGCUCCUCUCCUCUCCAUUGUUUCUCUGCUCGAAGAUGAAGCUCUCCAUGCAGUCGCUGGCCCGGAAGCUCUCCAUCCCGUCGCCCAAGCGGGGCAAGAAGCAGCAGCAGCAGCAGGACGGCGGCAAGCGCGGCAUCUCCCGGAGCGAGGCGCCGUCGUUCGCGUCGGCGUCCUCCUCCUCCACCACCUCGUCCUCCUCCGAGGACGCGCUGCCGCGGGCGUCGACGCCGCGGUCGGUGCUGCCCGCGGAGAUCUCGCGGCGGGAGCUGGAGGCCGUGCUCCGGCGGCUGGGCCACGAGGAGCCCUCCGACGACGAGCUCGACGCCGUGGCGGCCAUCGCCGCCGCCGGGGAGGCCGGCCCCGAGGACGAGCUGAUGGAGGCGUUCAACGUGUUCGACGCCGACGGCGACGGCCGCAUCACCGCCGAGGAGCUCCGCGGCGUGCUGCUCGCCAUCCUCGGCGGCGAGGCGGACGGGUGCAGCCUCGACGACUGCCGCCGCAUGAUCGGCGGCGUCGACGCCGACGGCGACGGCUUCGUCGGCUUCCAGGACUUCGCGCGCAUGAUGAUGGUGUCCACCACGGCGGCGGCGGCCACCACCUCGGCCGGCCCGAGAUUCCUCUGAACUAGCCCGUCGAUGGAUCCGCUACGCCAGGCUCCUCCUCCUCUGUUCCCGCUCUGUUCUGCUCGCCCCCGCCGAUUAGAUUAGAUUAGAUUAGAUGCGCGAGCGAUAUUAUCCUAGGAAAGGAAACCCGGCACCCAACAGCUGUCAACAGAGCUCCAGAUACUAUAACGGUGGCUGAUUUAUUCUCGCUUAUUUUUAGACAGGUUCCCGUUUAUGUUUGGAUUCCACCAUCAUCACUGGCUAUUUCGGGGAAGCACAUCGCAUCGCACCAGUUAAUGGAGUUGCACAAAUGGGGAGGGCGGUGCACGCGAUGCUACGCUGCCAGGGCCUUCACUUGCCAAUGCUUCAUUCUCAUGGAAAUUCCGACAAGUCUUCUCAGUGUAAUUGCAGAUGAAUUAUGUAAGCCAAGAACCCAAAAAAAAAAAAAAACUGUCGAGUUCGAGUUAUGGUAAUGAACUAAUGAUAUUGAUUCACACA